UUCUUCCAAGAACCACUCCCCGAGAAGAAAGAAUGGGGGAGGCCCGGCGGAUGGAAGAGGCUGAGAUCGACGAAUUCGAGGUCGUGGAUCUGGUGCCCGCACCGCUGCUGCCCAGACAUAGGAAGACGAAAUGGCGGUGGAUCAAGAUCAUCGGAAUCGCCGCUCUGGGCGUGGCUCUAAGCAUCGUGUUUGCGAUCUGGAUCCUGCCGCUGCUGCUCGACAAGAUCGUAAUCCCGGUGCUGGUGUGGGUAGCGUCACGAUUCAAGCGGCAUCAGCUGGCCCUGGUGCUCAUGGCGGCUCUCUCCAUCUUCCCGGUCUUGCUCAUUCCAUCCGGGCCCCCGAUGUGGUUGUCCGGCAUCAUCUUUGGAUAUGGAAUCGGCUUCAUUAUCAUCAUGGUUGGCACGACCAUCGGCCAAACGCUCCCAUACUUCGUCGGCCACUACCUCUUCCAUCACCGCAUCCAAGAAUGGCUUUCAAAGUGGCCACGAAAGGCUGCCGUGCUGAGAGCUGCUGAAUCCGGUGGCUGGUUCCACCAGUUCCGCACUGUGACGCUCCUCCGAGUCGCCCCGAUCCCUUACACGCUCUUCAACUACGCCAUCGCCGCGACCAACAUCGAGUUCUGGCCUUACAUCGCCGGCUCCAUCGCUGGAAUGGUCCCAGAAGCCUUCAUCACCAUCUACAGUGGGAGGCUACUCAAGAGUUUGGCCGACGCCAAGCACGCCAAGCGACACAUGAACGCUGUGGAGAUCACUUACAACGUCGUGGGCUUCUGCGUGGCACUGGCAGCCGGGGUCUCACUCACGGCCUACGGCCGGAGAGCUCUCCAAGAGAUGGAACUCAAAGCCGAGCAACAACUUCCGACCUCGCCCAGCCUCCAACUAGAGAGCGUGGAGCUGGAUCCUCAGCGUCGCCCUCUUUCUUAAGAACAACAAAAAUCAGGCAAGAACUACCUAAGAAAAUCUGUUUCAUACGGUGAGCGCUAUGAUACUACUUGGCCUCCUUUUUCACGAA